CGGCUAGUCCGCGCGCUUCACGGUAACCAUGUGCGACCGAAAGGCCGUGAUCAAAAAUGCCGACAUGUCGGAGGAGAUGCAACAGGACUCGGUGGAGUGCGCGAUUCAGGCGCUGGAGAAAUACAACAUCGAGAAGGACAUUGCGGCCCACAUCAAGAAGGAGUUUGACAAGAAGUACAAUCCCACUUGGCACUGCAUUGUGGGCAGAAACUUUGGUAGUUAUGUGACACAUGAAACUAAGCACUUCAUCUAUUUCUACCUGGGCCAAGUGGCCAUCCUUCUGUUCAAAUCUGGUUAAAGCAUGGAUUGUGCCCACACACCCAGUGAUCCAUCCAAAACCAAGGACUGCCGCCUAAAUUCCAAAUACCAGAGA